AUGGCUGUGCUAUCAGCUGGGGAAUGUUCGUACAGUGAGAGUGGGGUUUCAUCGCACUCAAAGCAAGAUGAAGUUGCUAUGAGAGGUUCGGAGGAUGAAGACAAGGAUGGUCUUUGUAACAUAGCUCAUGACCAUAUCCCUCUUGAUCUAACGGUUGAGAUUCUGACUAGAUUGCCGGCAAAAUCUCUUAAAAGGUUCCAGUGUGUAUCCAAGGAAUGGUUGUCCACCAUCCGAAACCAAGCAUUCAUCGAUUCGUUCAGCUCUAUGUCCCAAACUCGGUCACGGUUUCUAGUCGCAGUUCGUGGUAAUGAUGAGAAUCGUGUGUUCCUCUUGUCGUCUUCACACAAGGAAACGAAGAUACCUACUACGCCAACACCCGGUUGGUUCGUGAACCCUAUUGGUUACACUUGUUUGCAUACCACUCUCGAAAUGACUAUGUCCGGUUUGCCUGUGGAUCUUGUUCAUUGCUCUUCCGUCCAUGGAUUGUUCGCCUUGUUACAUCCUUCGUAUCCAGGUCGGUUCACCAUAUGUAACCCUAGCACUAGAGAGAUGAUAACAUUGCCUGAUAUCGAAGCUACUAGUAGCGGUCGAAGGGAGCAGACGUAUCUGUUCCUGGGAUAUGAUCCAGUUGGUAAAGAACACAAAGCAUUGUGUAGCACGGUUUUGUAUGGUGAACGUUGUCAACAGCACUGGGUUUUAACACUUGGAAGAGGCAAACUUUCAUGGAGAGGCAUCCAAGGUGGAAAAACUCUGCGUUAUACUGUUGUAACGAAAGGAAUAUGCAUCAAUGGGAAAGUGUAUUACGGUGGUUGGAUUACCCGAGGAGAAGAGAAGAAAGCGAGAAUAUUACGGUUUGACGUUAGAAGUGAGAGGUUGGUUUGUAUCGCAAGAUUUUGGCCGUGUUUAACUCAGGGAUCACUGAUCAACUAUAAUGGGAAGUUAGCCUCGGUUUACCCCGAUCCACGUCGUCCUCUCCGCAUUUUUCAUUUGUUGGUUCUAGAGGAGGACUUGGACAAACGUAGAUGGAUAAUGGAUACUAUUUGUUUUCACCCUUUGUUGCCUGAAUUAUCAGGUGGGAUUCAGUUGAACAUGUUAGGCACGAGCAAAAAGGGCGAGAUCAUUUUGGGUCCGCUAAAGUUGCCUCCAAAACAUGAACCAUUGUACAUUUUCUACUACCACGAAAGGAAAGGCAAGGACUUCAUUAGAAGAGUUGAAGUUGAAGGAUUUGAAGAGUUUGGGUGCAAUCAUACAAGUGAUGAGCAAUGUGUUUGUCAACUUCUUCUCUCAGUGGACCACAUAGAAAGUCUUGCGUCUUUACAGUAA